GCUGGACAAGGAUGCGGUAUCCAAGCAUCCAAGCAGCAGCAGCAGCAGCAAUGCAGGUUUGCGCUGAUCUUCCACUCAGCUCGGGCAGGGCCGGGAUAUAGCGAUGCUGGAUCAGGCGGGAUUCUCAGUGGAACAACCAAAAUGCCGCCGGAGGCAACGGCCAGCAGCCGCAAUCGCUGGAGAAGCGGUGCUGGCUCGCAGCAGAUUUGGAAACCGCAGAGCACUGGUUGGAUGGAACAACCAACGAGUGGAACCAAAGUACGUCGAGUGGCGGUUCUUCGUGGAGCAGCGCUGCCAAUGCUGUGAUUGUUGUCACAAACACCACUACUCCCGCUGCUCCCGCUCUAACACUACCGCUGGAAUUCAACUCUUCCGUAACCACGAGCUACAGGGAGUACUGCUUCAAGUUCACUCUGGGGUACUACGGCGCACUGUCACUGCCGCCACCUCUUCCACGGCGAUCGAGUCUCCAGCGAUCGGGGGCCUCGUUUUCGUGACGAAGACGGCUGGCCAAGUACAAGCCGUCGGACGAGAGCUUCUCGUGCGGCUUGACGGCUCUUCGUUUAGCAAAUACGGCAGCGGGAAGACGUGGCCAGAUCCAAACUACAAGCGCGCCGUGACAACUUUGCCUCCUCAGCAAAGGAAGUGGCAAGAUACUGUGGCCGCUUCCACAGGAUCGAGUGGUUUCCACAGGAUCAACUUUUGCCUCCUCAGGGUCAGCGGCCGUUUGCUUCUUCUUCCUUGGCUGGAACAUCUUCUGCUGCUGUUGGAUUCUCCACCUCGGUUGGUCUUGGUUCUUCCUCCACUCUAGCUGCUUUCUCGGCCUCGUCUGGCGUUGCUUCCUCUCAUCUGCUUGUCUUGGCCCUCACGACAAAAGUGGUUUUCAAUCGGACAGUGAAAGAGAACCUCAAAUAAAAUGUUAUAUAAGGUGUCGCAAUCGUAGCAACCCCA